AUUCUUGUUCCUGAAAACAAGGCAACCAGUUUCUGUUUCUACUUCUACGUUUGUCAAUAUCAUCGUUUUGAGCUUGAUUUUGGACUGUGGGCGUAUUAUACUGUUCUGGCCUGAACUAUUUAAUUUACACUGCUUUUAACUGCUGAUGUUCCUUUCAUUUAAAUAAGUGGUACGUUUUUUAUCACUCUUAACUUAAAUUUUAAUUCAAGAAUGAUAAAGAUUAAAGAUAAAGCAGUAAAGGCUAAAGGGCAGGGGCGUCCAUUAAUCAUGUCAACAAAAUUGAAGAGGGGGGGGGGUGUGGUGGAAAUGUUUGACAGUUGUUGACAUGGUGGGAGGGAGAGGGGUUUAGAUUAAUUAUAAUUGAAGUCAACAAUCAUGUUUUCUCUAUUAAAAUAUUUUGAUCUUAAAAAAUUGACUGGUUAUUACAGUAUUUAAACAAAAAUUAUAAGUGUAAAUAGUGAUAGUGAUAAAUAGUCGUAUAAUUUUUAGGCUUUUAACACUAUAACUAUAUUAUAAGUAUAAGAUUUAUUUAAUGUGUGUCUGUUACGUACUGUUAAAGCUAUUGACUUACAGAAGAAUGAUUGGAUUGUACUGGUACAAUGUUGAAGAAGAUACAGUGUUGUAAAAAUUUACAAUGAUGAAAAGGAUAUCUAACUCACACACACAGUAAACAAAUCUGUGUCUCCUAUAGAAAAACAAUAGCACACGCUCAAAAUAGCUCACGUCUUAUCUAAUCUCCUGUCGUUCAACCUCUCAGCUUUAUAUAGCCUGUUUCUUUAGAUUAUUCGAGAAGGACUACGCAUUGUAAUUGCUUCCCGCAGCAUCUACAAUAUUCAACAGAAUUCGAAUCAUGAUGCAGACUAUAGAUUUUAGUUAGGUAUAGCCGAGGUCAAAGGGAAACCAAUAGCGCAGCCGAACUUGGGGUCAGCUUAAGUUCAUUCACCAGAAAAGAUUAAUGAAAAUAAAAUGGGAUGCCUAUAACAGUGUCUAUCUGAGCAUUGCAGAUGGUUGGUCAGAAUGUUAGCACACUUUGUUAGUGCAAGAGAAGUCAAAAGUUGACAUCUCUUUACCUGUAGAUUCUGUUUGUCGCAAAUGACUAGGGCAGUAUGAUUACGCUCAUGUUGCACAUGUGGGACAAGGUUCAAGUGUCGUGAAGUCAAAAUAAAUGAUAUUGAUAUAGUAGGAAUACGAUAUUUUGAGAAUUAGGGGAAAGAAAAGUGAGUAACAAUAAUAACAUCGCUGCUUGAAUGGAUUUGAAAAAUCUGUAGCAUCUAUUUUGCAUCACAAGCCAUGUUGUAAAAGCACGUUCAACAGCACCAACAACGUCCUCUUGAGCAUAAGAAAUUAGCACCUGCUCCUCAACAAAAAAGGAGUCGACCAAUGCGAGUAGCUGCCAGGAGACAGAGAUAGCUAAUGGCAAUUAUUGCUCACAGCGACAAUGCUUCUAUUUUAAGUGCUUAAUGGUUAGAUGAGGAUGAUGUUGUCUUGUCUGGUAUAUCAGUUCCGCAAGAUGAAAAUGAUAAAUCAACUACUAUAGACGAUACCCAUCAAGGGUGUCCUUUCAGGGUUUUUUUCAGGGGGUGGGGGUGGGGUGGGCAAAACCAAAACUUGGUCGGCUUGUUGUUUAUUACAGUACAUAGCAAUUGAAAUAAAACCUGCAAAUCUAGGGAGGAGGGGGGCUAAUGUCCCCUGCCCCACCCAAAGAGGGCCCUGAUGCCCAUUGUUACGAUAGAGCAACACCUGGCUACUCCAUGGGAAGAUGAUAGCAGCUAGAAACUAUACUAUAAUUGUCAGGUAUACUGACAAUAGUCAUAUUUAUACUUUGACAAACAAUGAUAUUUAAUCUUUAACAACGUUUUAAUUGAUGCUGCAUUAUAAAAUUUAGUGUAAAACCUUUUUAACUUAAAAAUGUAUUUAUUUAUAUUAUAAUUCCAUUUUUUUUUUUUUGGAGGGGGCAGUUAUAAAAUGUUGACAUAAUUAAAUAGGGAGGGGUCAUUGAAAGUUUCAGCAGUUGUUAACAAGGGGGGUGGGUAAAAAAUUGCGUAAAAAGUGUUGACGUAAUUAAUGGACAACCCUUAAAGACAAUCACCGGCUGUAGUGGUGGCAGCCUGGUGGUAUCGACUCAACUCGGUAAACUGUACCUAAACUUAGACUUGGUAGUGAAAUUUAAGGCAAUGGUUGAAUAAGCUCGGACCUAUAAGGUUAUGAAUAGUAUGAGCCCACUGGGUCAGUAUUUUACCGCCAUCCAAGAAUAACAAACAAGUAUUAAAAGACUGGCACAGUGUAAAUGUAAAUCCUGAACCAUGAACCCUGUGAUUGUGGGCCACAUCCACACUACAGUACAGUGACUAUAGUCCAAAUCACUUUAAAUUUAAAGACAGUAGUCUGUAGCUUCAGUAGGUAGUUUAGUCAUAACAAGCCAUAAGGCGUAAAUCUCUAUGAUUGGUUUACCGGCUAUUGUGUGAGUAGUAGUAGUUUAUAAUAUGUCAUAUGUGUCCAUGUUCUUUUCUACUCCUUCUUACGACUUAUUUAAUUCAUUUAUUACAAUUAAAUUCAUUUAAAAUUAAAUUAAAAUACAAGAUCCUACUUCAUAGUUUAUUAUUAAUACUUAUUAGACUUUGAUAAUCCCCAUUAAUCUUUGUCAGGCAUAUUUCAUAAAAUACCCAUUUUGACUUAUAGUAUUUUAUUUUUCCUCUUAAAUUUAAAUGUCACUCUUCUUGCAUAUAAGCAGAGCUUUAAAUUUACUGUGUUGAAUAUAUUUGUGGUAGACCAAAUAGUGAAUAAAGCCCAGCCUGACUAAUCUUUAAUCAUCCCACUGCUAUAUUUAUAUCUUAAGUGUGACACUGGACAUUAAUAAUUUUAUUUUUAUCCAUGUUGACCAUUAGACCUACUUUACUAGUUAUCUUUACUGUGCCAAUUUUUCGCAGCUUGCAGCCAGCAUCUGUGACAGACAUAUUGCAUACUGGAUAAACUUAUUGUUAACUUAUAAGCCGUCUAAUUCAUUUGAGUAAUUACUAUGUUUGUUCUUUUGUGAAUGUACCUAUCUGACUCCCACUAUUUACCAUGUUUGUGCACACCUUUUUUUUACAUGGCCACCAUCUUUGUUGCCAUGACAGCUGACAAAGAUGAUGGCAUUGUCAAAAAGUAGUACAAAAACUUGUCUGCUAAACAGUAGAUGGGAAAGGAAGAGAAAGAAGAAUGUAUUGUUUUUAGCUACCUUUCUUAACAAGGAAAAUGAUGAGAAUGUUUUUUUUUUAAAAGAAAAACAUUAUAAAAAUGGCAAUUUUUAAAACUUGCAUGGCAUAAAAAUGAUAAUUUUAACGAAAAUUUAAUAAUGAAUGGAAAAAAGUAAAAAAUCAAAACAUUUUAAAUUUUUUUAAAAAAAAACAUAAAAAAUUAGAACAAAUAAUUAUGCAAAUUUAAUUAAAAUAUUGGUUAGAGAAAAACAUUCAAAUAUAAAAUCUGCAAUUCUGCUUAACUUGAAUGCUAAGACAAGGGUAAAUUCACCCCUAAAUUUAGUCCCCCCAACUUAAGCAUAAAUUAACCUCAAAAAUUUUUUUGCAAUUUGAGCAUGCUAUAAAUCUUCAAACUUAAAUCUAUGACCUAAUGUGAACCCUGAAACCAUUUAUUGGUGUGCUACAGCUACACACUGUACUGACAAAAUCAUAAGUUUUAAUAAAAAGAUUAAAAUCAUUUUUAAAAUAUUCAAAAUAAUGAAAACACAACUUGUAGUUUCAUUGAAUACAUUUUUACUCACUUAUUACAAGUUCCACUGUAAAUCAUAUAAAUUAAGUCAGUAUCCCAAACAGACUCUAGCUUUGUUUUUAAAUACCGGUAUUAAAAUGAAAAUUACAUGCCAUCAUAUUAUUAAUUAAAAAAAAAGAGAAUAUUUAUCUCUAGCCACAAUCCGCCACUUAACAAAAAGCGCUCUCUCGUCUACAGAAAUUCAUGGUAGUCGUCAAGCGUAAAAUGACCAUUCUUCUAUCUGUUUUCUCUUUAUUUUAAUUAUAUGGUAACUUUAUUAAUUUCAUAAAAUGUAUCUUUUAAACUAUAACCGAUGGCUGCUGCUGAUAUAUUUGGAAUAUCAGUACCGGCCGCCAAGAAUUUAGUUUGAUAAAUUUCAGAUAUAUUAGAUAAUACAGUACAAUUUAUAUUAACUAAUUAACAUUGUGGAUGCAUAAAAUAUGAUACUUACAUAUCAAGACUCUACCUGUUUGUCAUUUUUACCUGUUGAGCACUUGGGAUUGAUAUUUGCCCAAUUAGGAUUUGAACCACAGUAACUUUUACUGGUGUAAAGGGCUUACUUUGGAUGCAUAUCUUACUAAAAAACUACAUAUAUAAUUGAUUGAAUGUUAUUCUUUAACCCUUAUAUGACCUGAUUGGUUUUAAUUUUGGACCCAACAAUUGACAAAUUACGCACAGUUUGUUGUAUUUAAACACUGGAGUUAAGGGCAUGAACUUGUUGGGAUGAUCUUUUCCCUUGUUUCCACAUGCAUGGCCAGAGUUAGCGAUGUUUUUCUUUGUGUUCCAUACUACAUUAACAGACAUCAAUGUCCAGAGUAAAAUCUUCAUACUCAGGUGGGACUCGAUUAGAACUAUUUCCAACUGUAACAGGGAAUAUAUUUACAGAAUUGUUCCACAGAUUACAUAGGCUGUGGUAGUCUGUGCAUUGAGGUCUCUCUGUUAAUUUUUGUUUGUAACUUUUCACAUAGACACUGUUUUUAAACUAUCCUUAAAAAAAGGCAUAGUCCAUUAGGAAGAAAAAUCAAACUGGAAUUUUAGGAUGUAUAAUUGAUGACAUUAGAAAGGAUUGUCUCUUCAAAAUCACAUUCUUUUAUUAAAUUUAAGCAAUCACCCAGUUUAGUGAGCACUAACUUUAUAACACAAUUUUAAAAGAAAAUAGAUUAGCAUUAGUUUCCAUUAGAUUGUUCACAAUAUUUUUAUUACAACCCAUACAUUGAAAAAUAUGGCUUGAACGUGUAAAAAUUAUCUCUCAAUCCAGGACUGCAGCUAGAGAGAAUCCAUUAUGCCAAUCUCUGAACAUGAAAAGAAGAUGCUUGAUCUUCAGACACAGGUUCGCCAAAACCAGUCUGAACUGCAAGAUUAUCUGUCUGAGCUUAACCAUUGGGAAAAUGACAUAAAAAAGAAAGAAGAACAGUUGAAAGCAGUAAAAUCUGACAAGGUAAAUAAUGUUUAUGAUUGAAGAAUUUUUAUUGUAUAAAAAUGAAACUGAGGUAUAAAAAAUGAAAUGUGGUUAUAAAGUGUCAAGUCAGUUUUUGUUAGCUACAGAAUUAAAAGUCAACUAAUUUUACAUAUAUUUAUAAAAAUAAUUUUCAUGAUCUACGUGGGAUUAAUUCAAUAAAAUACUUACUUCAUUGAAUUUUAAAAACUAUUGAAGCAAAAUGUUAAGGACUAGUAUGUAUUUUGUGAUUCUGUGUUGGUUCGGAGAUUAUUUGGGUAGAUGUUGCUAUAAUAUGCCUGGUGUUUUGCAAUGACAUAUUAUUGUGUAGUGUGUUGUGGGUUUUAGUAGUGGCAACAGUAUCAGGAAUGGUGUUGACAAUGUAGUUUAGCAAUAGAGUUGUAUAGUUAAUAAAGAGACGUUUGAUCCAUGAAUCAAUGGUUUUUUUAGUAACUGUAACCCCUUAGCUAUCGAACCUGGAAAUAUCGGGUUCGUAACACAAAUAUCUGCACAUGAAUUUAUUUAUUAGGCCAAAAUUCUAAAUGACUGUAUAAAUCAACUACAUUUUUCAGAUUCAAGAGCUGCCUCCAGUUCGAAAUACUAUUCAUAAAAAGAAGCUGAAGAAGAAAAAGAAGGACAAGCCAGCAGAUCAAAAUAAGCCAAAGAAGAUCAGUGGCUCUGAUUUUCGUGCCUGGGAUAAAUUUGAUGUGGUAUGGCCAAACUUUCUUAAUUGUUGUGUGAUUGGAAGUUGCACAAUUUGGCAUAAGAUUAAUAAGAUAAAUAAUAGUUUUUAAAAUACUAUUUUAUUGAAGUUUAACACUAAAGUUUUGUUUAAUUUAAUUUUAAAAAAAUAAGCCCACCUUUACAGUAGUAGCAAUAACCUUAAGCUUCAAAAAAGAAGUUUGAGAUGCAUAUUUAGUUCAGAUUUUACUUCAUUUUUGUGCUUAUAACAGCCCCACAAAUUUUGUCAUUUAGAUGUUAAUAUUUUCUUAAAAGAUCACAAAACAAGUGUAAUAGCUGACUACAUUAUGAACAUUUUUUCACAAUGACGGUGAAGUUAAUUGACAGUGUAUAAAAGGAAUAAAAAUAUACAUGGAUAUAAUUUUGAUAUUUACUUAAAUUUUUUUAUUGCAGUUUUAAAAUAUAUUUUAUUUUUAAUUUAAAAAGUUCAAUGUCUUCUCUUUAGGAUAAAGCUUUGGAAGAAAUAGAUAAAAAUGACAAAAAAGAAGGAACUUCCUCAUCAGAUUAUGAAACAGAUGAAGAAUGGGAAUUGGAGAGGAAGAAACACUUAGCAGGUUUAGAAAAAGAUAAAGUAUGUAUAUAUUUAUUUUCUGGUUUGUUGAUAUGUCUAAGCUAGUUUUUUUUUAUUAAAAAAAGUUAACUGGCUUGUGACAAUCAUUUUUAAAAUAAUGAUUUUUUAAACACUCAGUGAAAUCUGUUUCAUAAAACUAUACAUAUAUAUAUAUAUAUAUAUAUUUAUAUGUUUUUCCUUAAUUUUUUUUAAAAACCUCUUGUUUUAAUGUCUUCUCAGGGAAAUGAAUUCUUAAAAAAUGGUGACUUGGAUAAAGCUAUUGAAGCAUAUAGUAAAGGAAUGCAGUAUGAUCCAACAAAUGCUAUACUGCCAGCUAACAGAGCCAUGGCCCUCCUCAAACAGCAGAAGUAGGUAGAGAAGCAUCUCUGAAUCCUAAGUUUGAUUUCAUUAAAAAUAAAUUUUUAAACAAUUCAACAACCAAAAAAAAAAUGGAAAGCUUUCACAUUUGUAUUAAAAAAUCUAAAUCUGUGAAAUGCACUUUGCUAGGGACAAUAAAAACACCAUUCAAUGCAUUCUUUAGGAUAGGUGCUCUAGCAUGAAUUUUUAGUAAAUGAUAAAUAAAUUUGAGGCCUUUCCUUCUUUCUAAAUGAGAAAACGUUAUUAAAACACAGGCCAAAAAACCUUAGCAGUCUUAGAAUCUGUUUUAAAGUGUCCCGGUUGCGACUGAAUGCUGUGGGGAAGGAUUUUAAAAAAAAAAUAAUCUUAUCACCUCACUACUGUUUCAUGCUGUAAAAUAUACAAACACAUUUUAACUAGCUUAAAUGGGUUUAUAAUUUUUACAAACAUAAACAGUUUUAAGAACAGCAGGUUUAAGUGUUUUAAGAUACAUUAAUAGAAUUUGCCUUACAUCCUUUACACAUUAUUUAAAAUGUGUAUUUGAUAGAUUUGUACAAUAUUUAAAUUGUGUAUUUGAUAGAUUUGUACAAUAUUUAAAUUGUGUAUUUGAUAGAUUUGUACAAUAUUUAAAUUGUGUAUUUGAUACAUUUGUACAAUAUUUAAAUUGUGUAUUUGAUAGAUUUGUACAAUAGUUAAAUUGUGUACUUGAUAGAUUUGUACAAUAUUUAAAUUGUGUAUUUGAUAGAUUUGUACAUUAUAUUAAUGUACACAAUAUUCAUAAUUUUGUGCACAAUAUUUAAAUAAUGUAUUUGAUAGAUUUAUAUACUAUUUUAAUCAUACAUUUGAUAGAUUUGUACACUAUAUUUAAAUAAUGUAUUUGAUAAAUUUGGACACUAUUUUAAUUAUGCAUUUGAAAGAUUUGUACACACUAUUUGAAUUUUGUAUUUGAUAUAUUUGUACACUAUAUUUUAAUUAUGUAUUUGUUAGAUUUUUACGCUAUAUUUAAAUAAUGGAUUUGAUAGAUCUGUACACUAGUUAAAUUAUGCAUUUGAUAGAUUUGUACACUAUUUAAAUUAUGCAUUUGAUAGAUUUGUUCACUAUAUUUAAAUUAUGUAUUUAAUAGAUUUGUACCGGUACACAAUAUUUAAAUUAUGUAUUUUAGAGAUUUGUACACAAUAUUUAAUUUAUGUAUUUCAUAGAUUUGUACACAAUAUUUAAAUUAUUAUGUGUUUGAUAGAUUUGGAGCAGCUGAACUUGACAGCACAAUCUCCAUUUCCCUUGAUCCCUUGUAUGUCAAAGCUUACCUGAGAAGAGCAACUGCCAGGUCUGGCAUGGGUAAACUCACUGAUGCAAUAGCUGAUUUCAAAAGAGUGCUUGACCUAGAACCAACAAAUAAGCAUGCCAAGACAGAGCUGGAAAGGCUGGAAAAGGUAUUUUGUUGAAGUGUAUUCUGGUGGCAAAAACUUAGGAAUCACAUAUUUACAGCAAAUGUUUGGAAAUCUGUUUAAGAUCAGUAUCUGUCACCUUAUGGGUCUUUGCUGUAGAAUUUAGUCCCUUAGACUUUGUCUUCGCAUAUUAUUCCCUGGGCAUGGGGACAUCCCUAAAGUGAGUUCCUUUGCUACAAGAUUAUUACUGUCAUUUUCUACAUGCAUAUUUCUUAUUUUAAAAAAAAAAAGAGUGUCUGCAUUAAAUUUGUGCAGUUUAGUUGCUAUGGGCCCUGAACAAGAGUCUAUGUGUGACAUGCCCACAUCUGGCGCAGUAGGCAGACAUAUAACAGUUUUUGGAAGGAUGUAGAUGGGAGCUAUUGGCCUUAGUGGCUUUAAUGUCAUUUUCAUUUUUUAUGUAUUUUAUGAAUAUUUAGUCAAUUUGUUUUUGCUUGUAGGAAAUUGACAGGGAAAAGAAAACACCAUUAAAUACCACCUUGACAGAAGGUCAGAUGGGUAUAGUUAAGCCUAUUUACAAACCUCCGGAGGAAAGGUCAAAGGUAUAUCUAUGAAUCUGUAUUAUUUUUAUUUUAUUUGUAUGUACUAGUACCUGGUGCCAAAUUUUUAAAACUUUUCAUUUGUAUUAUUUGUAUUUCUACUAUUGUACAUUACGCAUCAUCAUCAAAUUAUUUUUUUUAAAGUGUCGCCAGGAUACACAUUUCUUAAAAAAAAACUAUUGUACCAAAUCCUAAAUCCCAAAGAAGUGUACAGCUAUAUAUGGUAUAUAAAUAUUUCUAAUUUAAAAUCUGUGAAUAAUCCAAUGGCUUACUUAAACUUAUCAGGCUAUGUCUUUACUAAAAGUAAAACCCAAGUCCCACCCUCCAUUUCUGGAUAUAGAAUUUGAUUUUUCUUAAUUUAAUUUUUUUUUUAAAUUCCAUAGUGCUAUAGACAUAUUGAUUAAUAUUUUCUUUUCCAAUUUGAUUUCCUGGACUCUUUAGGUUCCACUAAGGCUUGUUCCAAUUGAAGAAAUAGGAUUGGAACCUCGCCAUAAGAUUUCCAAAAUGGAACAAAGUGAGACAGCUAAAAAGAUUAAAGACACAGAGGGAGAAAAAUUUGACAAACUUUUGAAAACUUCUCAAGACACUAGAACACAUGACAGCUCGGAUAAACAUGAAGCAUCCCAGAAAGCUGAAACUGAACAACACCCCCAUUCUUCCAAUGCCACCAGUGGCAAAAGCAAUCAUGUGGCUCACACCUCUGAUGCCACACAAGAAGACAUUUCAUUGACCGACACUGUCGUUAACACUGUAGGCAAAGGAGAUGAGUUCAUCUCUUCAGAGCAAGAUGUCUCAGCAAAGUGGCCAGGUGGAGAUUCUCAUGUUGGAUCUGGAGACAGUUUUAAUGUACCCACUACAUCUUUUCAGUUCCAGAAGGACUUCAAGCUUUUAAAAAAUAAGCCUGAAUCUUUUGUCCAGUAUUUUCAGGUUGGUUUCAUCAUUCAUUGUUUUGUUAAAACCACAUAUUGAUUAAUUAUAGUUGGAGGAAAUUUGUUAAAAUGAAAUAUCGGUAUAUUAAAUUAGUUGUUGAAAUCGUUUUUCAUAAAGCCAAGUAAAUUUUGCUGACUUUUAAAAAUUACCAGCAAUAAAACACACUUAAGCAUUAACAGAUUAUGCUUCACUAUUUCUCUGGUAAAUAAAUUCAUUAUUUUGUAAAACUACAGCAGUUUUAAAGUAUUAACAAAGUUAACUGCUUAUUUUCUGUCUGUGUUAAGUACCACUUUUGCAAAUGAUGGAGAUAACCAGCCAUUAGAAUACAUUCCUAAAUUCAUAUAUGCUAGAAGAAUUUAUUUAACAUCUCUCUAUAUAUGCUUGUAAUUGUUUCAAAUGAGACCUACUAUGAAUAAUAAUUUUCUGGGUACUAGUAUGUGAAAUAUAAAACAAAAUAAAUUCCAUGCUAUACUAUUAAUUUUUUGAAGCAUUAUUUCAUAGCAUUCAAAUAGCUUUAUUUGAAUUUUUAUUAUUUUAUAUUUUCACGAAAGAAGAGUUAAAUUAUGUACUUUUUUUUUUUACAAAGGCUAUUUCACCGGUAACGUACCCUCAACUUUUUGGCCAGUGCCUUGAUGCUGAGAUUCUUAAUACUAUUCUGAAAUCUUUGCUCAAUUUCUCAAAUCAGUAAGUUUUUAUAAGACUAAGGAGUGUAACUUGAUAAAUCAUAUCAUAAUUGUAUUAUUAUCAAAUGGUUUGACAUUAAAUUCAGUUCCUUUUUAUUAAUAUUUUAAAUAAAGCUCUACAAAAUGUGUGUUAAUUAACCACAGAAAUGAUUAAGUGAAUAAUUAUUUCUAACCUUGAAAUUGAAAAACUACAAAUAUAUAAUGAUAAUUGAAUUUUCUUUCUUCACAGCCUUAAUGUUUCCAUCUAUGAUGUACUCCUGAAUUUAUCUCAAGUUAAAAGAUUCUGCAUGACAGCCAUGUUUCUCUCACAGAAAGAUAAACAAGGUAAGAAUUUUACUUUACUGAAAUAAUCAGGAUUGUUUUCAUGGUAUACAUUAAAUCUACAAUUUAUAUUAUAUCAUAUGAAAAUGGAAAACCUACUAAACAAUAAACAUUCUCUCUUGGUAAAAAAAAAAUAACUUUUUUUUUUUUAAAAGAUGAAUACAUUUGAUUAAACUCUAAAAUAAAAACUGCCAAUAAUUUUUUAUCAUUAUAACUUUCACAAUUAUAUUAAUUAUAGCAUAGAAAUAGAAUAUAAUAACCACUAAAUGCUUAUAACUUAUACUUACAUGUUGUUGUUCUGAUUAUUCAAAUGUGACCAUUUUUGCCACUUCAUCUUUCAAUAUUGCAUAAAGUUAUAGAUGUUUUUGUUUGAGUUUUUUUAAUUUGAGCUUUUAUUAAGGACUUAACAAACCAUGUUUUAAGUAUGGCCUGAUAUCAAAAUGAGUGUUGGAAUGAGAAAAAAAAAUAUUGCAUUAUACUUUGUGUUUUGUUCACAGUUGUCCGAGAUUUAAUAAAGCAGCUGGAAGAGAGUAAAAAGCACCCGGAAUCUCAUCUAACAGCUCUGAGAAAAAAAUUUGAUGUCUAAUAAAUUUCCAUUUUACUAUGUGUAACUUUGUACUUGUACAUUUUUUGCAGCUACUUUUACUGUUUCCCUUUAAGGUGUUUGCUAAUUGGUUUUAAAUGAAGUGUAAUUUUAAAGUUAACCUGUUCCUAAUGCUUUAGCGAAUAUGAAUCAAAGAUAUAAGAAAAUAAACAUGUGUUUAAAACU